AUGGCACGCCAAGGCGCCACCAUCUUUGGAUGCGAUGUCAAUCUCGACGCAGCGAACAAAGCUCGGGACAAGAUCAACGCCGAGGACGAAGUGAAGAACCAUCCAGCGAGAGAGCAGAGUGGCCAGGCCGUAGAUGUUUUUCAAGAGUCCACAGAUGUAACCAAAAAGUCGGCCUGUGAAGCCUUCGUACAAGCAUGCAUACGGAAAUACGGCCGAAUCGAUGUCCUCGUCAAUAAUGUGGGCAAGUCCGAACCAGGUGGGCCAGCAGAGCUUUCUGAAGCGGUCUGGGAUGCGCAGACAGACGUGAACCUGAAGUCUGUAUACUUGAUGUGCCAUCUUGUGUUACCGAUCAUGGAGAAGCAGGAGACAGGAGGAGUCGUAUUGAACGUGUCUUCGAUUGCUGGGCUUCGAUAUAUUGGCAAGCCUCAAGUGGCAUAUGCGGCAACAAAGGCAGCCAUUAUUCAAUUCACCAAAACCACGGCUGUGAUAUAUGCUCAGCGGACCGGGGGUAAAGUGCGGCUCAACACCGUCGUUCCUGGUCUGAUCAACAGUCCCCUCGUGGCUGUGCUAGCUGACAAGUAUGCCGGAGGCGAUCAAGAAGGGUAUCGGAAAGUGCGAGACAAGCAGUCGCCAACAGGCAAGAUGGGCACUGUUUGGGAUAUUGCCAAUGCGGCGUUAUAUCUCUGCUCUGACGAAGCAGAUUACGUUACUGGGCAGGAAUUGGUCGUCGAUGGCGCAGUGACAGAUAGCACCGGACAACCUGAUAUGGGCCGGUAG